CGUAAAAAUUGCACAAAAUCAGAAAUGUCUAUGAAUGAUACUUCAAACAAUGUUCCAGUCUAAUAAUAAAUCAUUUCAUUGAAUUCUUAACCUAUCAUGUAAGUUAGAAGACCAAGUGAUUUGAAUAGUUCUUUUACACCAAUCGAUUCUCAACAUAGUAUUAGAACUUCCAUUAAAUUAGAAUAGGUACUCAUAAUGUAUAGAAAUCACCACUUUGUACAUCAGGUGCUUUAGAUGGUAGAACAACACCAUUAAAUCUCAUUAAUGAAGAAUCAAGUGUAAAUGAAUAAUCAGACAAUAAAGCAUUUGAGAGUUUAAUCAAUAAAAAAACUAUACCAUAAAUCAAUGAUUUUACUAUCAAAGAACCAGUACAUUGGAGUUAAGUUUUUACACAUUCUGGUACAUUUAAUUAGGAUGAUUAAUUUAAUAAGUUUGGAUCAUUUUUAGGAGAUAAUACUCAUUCAUAAUUAAAUAUCUAAUAAGAAUAAUAAUACAAUAUUAAACCAACAAUUAUUAUAAUAUAAAUCAUUCUCUAUAUCUAUUAUUUAUAUUCAUUUCCACUUCUACUCUAUGGAAUAGCUUAUGCAGAUUAUAAAUUUACAUAUAACUUACUAACUUAACUCCCAUUAUUAUUAUUAAAUUUUAUACUCUUUACUUUAAGCAUUCAAAAAGCUGCUUCAUUUAUAGACUAUUUACCACUAGCUACAUUUAUUCCAUUUAUAUGUACUUUGAUUGAUUUUAAGUAUUUUAUAUACAUUAUCUUAGUUAGUAAGUUAUCUUCAUGCAAAUCAUACAUUUACUAACAUUUAUUAGAUUCUAUUACAUAUUUAAAUAGCUACUUUAAAUUUCUAUUUGUUUAACUCAAUAUCCUAUAUAUUUCUUUAUUGUUAGAAUAUCAUAAAUACAUCUAUUUUAAACUAUAUGUGGAUUCCUUAUUGUUAUUACUUAACUUAAUUCAAAUUAAUUAAGUUUAAAUGAAUACUAUCAAAAUCAUUGUAGUUUAUUCAAUAUUCUCAUAACAACUAAUGAUAAAUCUAUACUUAUUUAUCCAAUCAAAAUUAUUGUACUUAUUUUUAUUAUUUAUCAAUUCACUAUUAUUAGCUAUUAAAUUAAUCAACUCUAUAAGAAUUAAAAUAAUUUGAUUUCAGGUUUAAUUGAAUUCUCUAAAAUUGUUCACUAAUUGCCAUUUCAUCUUAGAUAUUAAAGUUUAUCUAUUUCACAUAAAUAAAUUUUAUCAAGAUUAAAAACUACAAGCCUUAUUGAUUAUGAAAGAUUACCUAAUCAAUUAUCUAAUAAAUUAUUAAAUGCUUAGUAUUCAAAAAUAUUAAGAAAAAUACCCUUAUUAGAUAAAUGUUUAAGUAAAGCUUCAAUCACAAGUAUUUUAAUGAAUGCUACUAAAGAAAGAAUUUUAGAACCAAAUGAAAUUCUUAUUGAAGCAUAAUCAGAAAAUAAAUUCUUAUAUUUUGUUCUAUCAGGAUAAGUCAAGUGCUUUUAACAGAGAGAAAAUAAAUAAUUUCCAAUAACUAAUAAUGAUAAUGGAAUCUAUAAUUAGUAUGGUUUCUUUUUAGAAUAAUUGUCUGAAGUUGGUGUUUAAUGUGAAACUUGUUGUAAAAUACUAGAAAUUAAUUCGGAAAUGUUUUGGAAAGAAGUUAAAAAAAGUAUUCCUGAACUUUAAAAAAUUAAAAUGUGUUUAGAUAGAGUACAAUUUAAUUAAGAGUACAAAUUAAUUGGAGUUACAUGUUAAAUAUGUAAAGGUAAUCAUAAAAUAGACAAUUGUACAAAAGUUCAUUAUAUUCCUUCAAAAUAAUUAUUAAUGGAUUACAUUUAUUUUGAUGAAAUAAAUAAAAGAUAAAAAUUUUAAAGAGUAAAUAAUAAUAAUAAAAUAGAGAAAUCAUACAAGAAAGUUUAGAUGCAUGAAAAAUACUAGUAUGAUAGAAUAAGUUGUUUGUAAUGUUAGACAUUUAAUGUUUUUAUCAUCUGAUACUUCUAAACGUCCAAAAACUAUUACCAGUUUAGGAAUGUAAUUUGAAUAAUAGCAUACAGUACAUUCUGAUGAAGAAGAACAUCAUAAAAUGUCUUAAUAUGUGUAAAAUUUGAGUCCUGUCUAAUAUGUUCCUUAAGUUGGGAGUAGUGCCAGUUCUUAUGUUUUAAAAGAAUUGAAAUAAGCAUAACAAUUAAAAUCACCUAAAGAUAGUUUUAUGGUUCAUUAAAGGAGAUAUCAAGAUAAAAGAUAAUCACAUGUUACUAGGAUUGAAAGAGGUAAGCAAAUUUAUUUAUUUUAGAUUUAAGUCCAUCUAUUAUUAAAUAUGCUACAAUUUAAGAUAAAAAGAGUUAAAAAUCUAAAUCAAUUAUUAGUGAAGAUCAUGGUAAUGGGGUUUUAUAAAGUUCUGAUCAUAGAUAAUUCUCAAAAUAUGGCAUUUAAUCUUCUAAAUUUACAAAUGAAACAGCAAAACAGUUCAUGAAUAAUCCAUUUGAUAUGCCAUUAUAUGAUCUUAAUUAAUCUAUUGAUAAUAAUCAUAGUUAUAGUGAUUAUUUUCCUAGAAAUAAUAUAGAUUAGGUACAUUCACUAUUUUAUUUAGGCACUUCUCUCCUAUAAAUAAUAUCAAGAUAGUAUUAUAUCAAAUAAGAGUAAAUAAAACAGUUGA